CUCCAGUCUUCUUCACCAACAGAUGUGCAGCUUUACAGACCCAGGUCGCUUCGGUUCCCCGAGGGGCCAUAACUGUUUUUUCAAGCUUUUCUUACUAUUGAUUUUGGCAUCGAAGCCUCCCUUGCUUGUUCAUCUUCCUCGUUGCGCUGGUGAUACAUAAAUUCUGUGCUACCUCUCUCAGUCACCAAACUGAUUUUCCUCCCUGCUCCAGGCUCCAGAGGAUAAUAAUUUCACAGCCUUUGGUUUUAUGGUAUCUUAAUUUUAAUUUUGCAGAUACAUCAGCUGUCAUGGAUGAUUUUGACGUAGAAUUGGAAGAGAUGGAACUAACUGCAGCAGCUGCUGGUUACUAUUAUUAUAACAGUAUUACCAGGCAACCUUGUCGUGGUCUGUCACCUAGUAAAGCAUGUGGAUUUAUGACCGAAGUCCUGAGUGGUCAUGAUGAUGUGUUCCAGGAAAUGUUUCGGAUGGAUAAACAUGUGUUUCACAAGUUAUGUGACGUUCUCCGGCAAAGAGGAAUGCUACGUGAUACUGCUGGUGUUAUGAUAGAGGAGCAGCUGGGAAUCUUUUUGAAUAUUAUUGGCCAUAAUGAACGCAACAGAGUUAUCCAAGAGCGAUUUCAUCAUUCAGGUGAAACCAUCAGCCGUCAUUUCAAUAAUGUGUUGAAGGCAGUCAAGUCACUGUCACGUGAAUUUCUACAAACACCAACCCCCACCAGACCUUCAGAAAUCCGUGGAUGCAUUAGAUUUUAUCCAUAUUUCCAGGAUUGUCUCGGAGUCAUUGGUGGAAUGCACAUUCCAGCCCAUGUCCCAGCCAAAGAUCAAUCCCGGUUUCGAAAUAAGAAAGGUGUUCUUUCACAAAAUGUGUUGGCAGCUUGCACGUUUGACCUUCAGUUUAUAUUCAUUUAUCCUGGCUGGGAAGGCUCAGCUGCAGGAGCCCGUGUGUUGAAAGCAGUCCUUGAUGAUCCGCAUCAGAAUUUCCCUCGUAUUCCUGAAGGAAAAUAUUACCUUGUCGACACAGGAUAUGCAAAUAUGAAAGGCUUUAUUGCCCCAUUUCAAGGCGUCAGGUAUCAUGCUAAUGAAUAUAGAGGUGCAAAUCAGUUACCUAGAAAUGCAAGGGAGCUAUUUAAUCACAGGCACUCAUCUCUUAGCAAUGUCAUCCAGAGAUCUUUUUAUUUGUUGAAGACUAGGUUUCCGAUACUCAAACUUGCUCCUCAAUACGCAUUUCAUAUUCAAAGGGAUAUAGUUAUAGCUGCGUGUGUUCUGCACAAUUACAUCCGGCGUAUGUCAAAAAAGGAUUGGCUGUUUUCGAGUGCGGAAGGGACAACAAUGGAUGAAUUGCCUGAUCUCGAUGAUAAUCUUGACACAGAGUUACUUACUUCGAUACAAGAACAUGUUGCUUUAUCAGUGAGAGAGUCAAUUGCCACAGAAAUGUGGGAUGACUUUAUAAAUAAAUGGGAUCAAUGGUAACUGUCAGCAGUAGCUUUUAUUAUGGUGAUAUUUUCAAACCGUAAGAGGCAUCCUUUGACAAGGAGCAAAGCAAGGAAGUUAUUGUUUGGGAUGCAUCUUAGCAUUUGGUCUUGGUCCGGCUCAAGAAGUAAAACCUAGCUUUUUUUUAUAUAUAUAGAGAGAGAGGUUAAAUGAUGCAGAUACUAUGAUUGUGAUAAUUGUAAUUAUUUGUAAGAAAGUGUUAUUCAUACAUCUAGUUUUACCUUCCACACACUUUUGUUAAUUUUGGCCAUAGAUCUUUAAUUCAUUUUAUCAAAUGGCCAAAAAUUGGGAGAGAUGUGUGAAAAGUAAAAAUAAAUGUGUAGAUAGCAGUACCUAUUUAUAAUUGACCAUUUCUGCUGUGA